CUUCUCUCGAUAAUGGCUGGUUACGCUUUGAAGCGGUUGAUGACAGAGUAUAAAGAACUGACAACCCGUCCACCAGAGGGAAUAAUCGCCGCUCCAAUCGAUGAGGACAACUUUUUCGAAUGGGAAUGUCUCAUUACGGGACCCGAAGAGACGUGCUUUGCGAAUGGCGUAUUUCCGGCGAGAAUCACUUUUCCGCAGGAUUAUCCGCUAUCUCCACCGAAAAUGCGCUUCACAUGCGGUAUAUUCCAUCCGAAUAUCUACGCAGACGGACGUGUUUGUAUUUCGAUUCUUCAUGCACCGGGAGACGAUCCGACUGGUUAUGAAUUGUCGAAUGAACGAUGGAGUCCUGUUCAAUCGAUUGAGAAGAUUUUGCUCAGUGUUGUCAGCAUGUUGGCUGAACCAAACGACGAAUCGCCGGCGAACGUGAGCGCGGCAAAGAUGUGGCGUGAGGAUCGUGCACAAUUCGAGAAGAUUGCCGAUUCAUUGGUCAGAAAGACGUUGUGUCUUCCCGCUUCGGAAGUCUAAUUGUAUAAAUAUUGCAUAACUUAUUGAUUUUUCUUACAUCUUUUAUGUUAUAUACAAUACAAAUAAAUUAAUUCUUAAGCUC